ACCAUCAGAUGAAUCGUUUUCAGCUCCAUCUACUCCAGAGCUCAGUUUCUCACCUAGUCUUCACUUUUCUUUGAUCACUCCUCCAGUCCUAUGAAGCCAGACGCCUCUGAAGAGGAAAUCCGACUGAAUGAAGAGAGAUUCUUAAGGCUUCGUAAAACGUUAUACUCUAUUUCCAAAAGCCUGAAAGCCCAGCUGCAGAGGAAGACCCUGCUGUUAGAUUCAUGCCCUGUGGUGAUUGACAGACAGACGUGCCAUAGCCAGAUCACAGUGGACUCCGAGGGGCGGGCCAUGUCCUUGUCAGACUCUGGCCACUCUGCUCCGGAGCAUCCUCUCCAGUUUGACAAAGUGUGCUGUGCUCUGGGUUCGUCUCCCGUCACAGUGGGUCAGAAUUACUGGGAGGUCGACGUACGCUGCAGCCCUGCCUGGGCUGUGGGCGUAGCCUACACCAGCCUGCAGAGGAAGGGCCGAGACAAGGGAACCAAACUGGGCCGGAACAGGAACUCGUGGUGUGUGGAGCUCCGGAACCGCAGUCUGUCUGCAUGGCACAACGACCGGCAUGUGGCGUGUCAGGGGGUCGGGCAGACCCAGAUCGGAAAGGUGGGUGUGUGGGUCAACUAUGGCAAGGGUCAGCUGAUAUUUUAUGACGCAGACACCAUGGUCGUCCUGCAGAGGUUCACCGCAGCCAUGACGCCGGUGUUCGACAGGGCUCAUCACCAGUUCACCGAGCCCCUGUACCCCGCUAUACGCUUCCUGAGACCACCGCAGAACCAGAUGGGGCCAAACCAUCUGGACAUCUGUCCCCUCAACAACCUGUGAUCGUCUGAGGAGACUUCAGGGAAGGGGCAAAAUGGACAGUGAUGUUGACUCACCUUGCCAAUGAUAAUGUGCGCUGUCCAGUGUUCAACCUUGUCUGACAACACUUGUUCAAAUUAGAUUAGACUAGGGUAAGUUGUCUGACUAAUCAUCUUGGUCAUCAUGUUGUGAUGUCAGAGGUGGAAGAGUCGGAUUGUGUUGUUGAGCAGCAUUUAAUGAGUCAUAUAGCACAGAAAGCUUCAAUAUUAACCAUGCAAUGUAAUAGUCAAGCCUUUUUAAGUCUGUAAUUUUUGAGUAAAUCAUUCACAUUUUUUUCUUUCUUAUCACAGAAAGUAUGUUGGUAAAGGAAAAUACAGGAUUCUGCAUCAUCAUUAGAGUGUGAUAUCGUCUGCCACAGUGAUUAUUUUUAGAUAUUUUUCUUGUUAUGGCACAUUUGAGGUGUUAACUCCAACGCCUGUUAAAUCAGUAGGGAGGGUUGGGAGGUGAAGUUGGGAGGUUUCCAGCAGAAGAAAGACUGGCAGCAUAAAGUCAAGACAGGACAGGCCCUGGAUUAAGGAGAAAUUUGCUCCAAAUACUGUCAUGAAACCACUGAGACAGAGCAGCUGUCUGUAACAAGAGAAAAUAAGAUAUGACAAACUGACCUGAAAUCAAUAUCCAGCAGCAGACUCUUCAUUGGCUCGUGGUUCUGCUCCAGGUUGCGCAGCUUGAUCAGCUCCUGGAGUCUGACACAAACAAUAACAAUCAUGAGUAAAAACAUAUUUCAGUCUUUAAAAACUUUUUACCACAUUUUUAAACCAGUCCUGCAACUGUAUUUUAUGAUUACUUACAGAAGCUGAAAUUAGUGACUAUAAAAAGUAUUUAAGGGUUUCCUUGUCUCUGAUAAGGAGAUGAGACUAGGUUUAUUUAAUAGCUCUGAAACUGACAUUAUUGUCUAACACAGUAGUAGUCUUUACUAUUAGUUCAGUUCAGUAUAUUAGUGAGUGUGAUUCGAGCAGUGUGCACGAAACUCUAAUGGUCGACAUCUAAGAGUAAUUACUACGUGAUAGAGCCCGACUGACAAUUUGUAUCAAUCGUCACACUUAUCAAAGAUAGAUCAGUAGUAUUUUCUGUGUCAAAGCAUAAUUUAUCAUCUCCACUACAAGUGAACCAACAACCUACCAACCCACCGUGUAUAUAAUAUAAAGAAUAUCAGCCAAUAUGUCUAUAUCAUCUCAUUAUUCCAUACCAUGUCUUUUCUAAUCAGAGUUGUAAAUAUUGUUAGUUUGUUGAUGUGCUCGGUUACACUUCUGUCCAUCCCGGGAGAGGGAUCCCUCACAUGGAGCUCUCUAAGAGUUCUACGUUUUUCCCCUGUUAAGAGUUGAUAUUUGUAGUUGUUCCUCAUUCUAGUUGAAGGUUUAGAACAAAUGAUUGUUGCAUCUUGUUAAGAUCUAUAAGACAAAUAGUAGUUUGUGCAUAUUGGCUAUACUAAUAAAAUGUGAUUAAUUGACCUCAGAA